GUGAGGGAAGCAUAUUUGGCGAGGCGCACGGCAUUGCAGAAGUUCAAGUUCUUUGAUCCUUUUGUUGGUGACAUGUUAGCACUUCAUAAACCUUGCAACCAUAUAUUAUUGGAGAAAAACACUUUUACCUUUUCGCAGAGCUUUGGAGUAUUGGAGCCAUUAUAAGAACCUUCACUUUAGAUGCAACUGGUCUCGAAUUACUUGGGAAAGAAUGAAAGAUCUUUGUAUUGUAUAUUUCCAACAAUAUUUUUAUGAGAAUCUACCCCGAUCUUCUCCUAACAAUUUUCAAGAUUGAAGAGAUAAUAUACCUAUAAAAAAAAAGAUUUUAGAGAUAAUGAGGCAAUGGUUGACAACCAAUUGCACAAAAUAAGAUGAAUGCUCUUACAUUUUCUUGUACUCCGCUUACUCAUGAACUAUAUCUGCCAUGCAUCAAGACUUAGAAUAUCUAAAGAAAGCUGUUCAAGACUUGACUGUUUAGACGAAGCAAAUGAAGACCCAACUUGAUUAAAUCGGAGUCCCAAGGAUGGUAAAUCACAAUGAGCUUACUGCUACCUGCAUAGAAGAUGAGAUUGAUAAUGAGAUAUCGGUAAUAGAGGAGAUUGGUCUUGACAUGGAAGUACAAAUGUCAAUUUGAAGUUGUUUCAAUGAUCAUGCAACCAGAAGAGUCUACUAUAGAGCCUAAACAACAAGAACCCUCUAUGCUUGAAGAAUCCAACAUGGUGCAUGAAGAUCUACACUUGAUGAAGUCAAAAAGGUUUAUAUGUCAAUUCCACAUGUUGCUUUUAUGAUUCCAUAAGAGUAUAAAGUGGCAGAAUGUAAGGUUUUUCUAUUCUUAGUGCUCCCCAAGGUGAUUUCUGAAUUGAAGCAAGCGUAACGUGCCAAAGUCCUAAUUCUUCAACACAAACUUGAGGUUGAGUUUUCUCCAACCAGGGGAGUAUGAUCCAGGAGCACAACCAAGAUUAGUUAAGAAUUUUUAUUUCAGAUUUUCAUAAGAUGUUCAUAAAAUUAUUUAAGAUUUUACUUGUUCCUUUUAUUUUGAGUUCAGGUAGAGAUUAUCUUUUAGAUUGGGAUUAGUUUCUAGAUUAGUUUUAGUUUUUAGAUAGGAUUAUUUUUUUAUUCCUGGAAGCUCUAUAAAAAGGUUUCAGGUGGGGGUUUUACUGUAACAGGAGACAUUUGAUGAAUAAAAUUUCAGAUUGGAGAUUUUCCAAAUUGGGCCCAGUGAUUGAAAUGAGAAAGAUUGAUAACUUUUUAAGAAGAAUGUGUUAUGAUCUCCUUAUACUAAGUGAGGGUACCGCAAGCAUAACUUGUAUGAGGUCAUUUCCCCUUAAUGAAACUUCUUUAUUUCAAAGUGAAACACAAAGUGAAGAAAAUGUGUUGGUUACCGCAAGCUGCGACCGCUCCAUUCGUAUAUGGUGGGAGGGUUCUUGCCACCGACGUUUUAGGGGCCACGAUGGGCCAGUCUUUACCUUGUCAGAUAAAUUGUUAGGUCAUGGCAACAGCAAAGUAUUGGCAAGUGGAGGGGAAGAUGGUACCGUUCGCCUUUGGUCCCUUAAAUCUGUUGGCAAGCGUGGCCAGAGUGCUUUAAAGGCUACUCUGUAUGGGCAUGAGUCAUCUGUAAAGUUGAUGUCUGUUGCAGGGCAUAAAACUUCUCUUUUGGUGACCCUUUCAAGAGAUUCCAAGGUGAGGGUUUGGGAUACAACUAAAUCAUCUUCUGUUGAUUCAUCAUGCUGUGUGGGAAAGGCCUCUCUUUCUGGGUCACCUGUAAAUGUGAAGUGCCAUGAGUCUCUGCUCUAUGUGGCUGCUGGUUCCUCUGUUAUUGCAUUCGAUUUAAGGAUAAUGCGAAAAGUUCUUACUGCUGCAAAUCAUCAACCAAAGUUGCACUCGUUUGAGAUGUUGCCUUCAAAAUCCUUGAUCUGCACUGGUGUUGGUGGGAGAGCACUGCUUUGGGAUAUUAGAAGAAACCAGGAGACGAAACCAGAACCAAUAGUUGAGUUGGGUGCACACACAGGCUCGGUGUCAUUCUUGCACAUGGAUCCAUACAAAAUAGUUACAGGAGGCCGUAAGGAUUUUAACAUUAAUGUUUGGGAGACUGACACUGGUACACAAACAAAUUCAUUGAGUUGCCGUUCUGAUGAUUUACCAACUACUGGCUCUGGGUGUACUGCCCUUGCAGUAAAUGGUUGUCGUAUUGUUACUGCUUGUGGUGGUGAGGGAAUUGGCGUUGUCCGCUUUAGGGACUUUAAAAAUGCUACUUGUCCUGUUGUCAAAUUUGAAAAUGAGCAUGCUUCGAGGUUUUGGGAUCCACAAUCUUAUAGUGAUACUGAUGGCUCAGAUGACUAUACUGAUAGCUCAGAUGACUAUUCUGAUUACUGAUGACUCAAAUUGCCGAGCAGAUUUACUUGUUUAAUGCAUAAUUAAUAGCCCGUAGUCAUGUGGGGGGUUUUUGUUUUGGGGUAUAGCGGACAGACACCAGAUCAGUGUAAUUGUUUUUCCUCUUUACAAAAGGUGUACAAAUGAAAGGAAAAACAUAUUGAGAUAUGUUUUGUUUAUUCUGUUCGCAAGGUUUUCAAAAUGCUGCAAAUGGACAAAUUGCUGAUUUGCAAGACAAUGCUAUAUCUCUAUUCUGUUGUGUACUCUAUGGCAAGCUUGCGGGUAUAUUCCAUGCAGACCAAUGUUGCUGGAUAGACCAUAACUGAUAACACCAUAGCCAUUUUGAAAUUCUUGUACUGAUAACUGGAACCCUUAUUGCUAUUGGCACCUUAUAUGUACAUUUUCAUAUGCGCUUUGCAAUUUAGAA